UUAACAAGCACAAGCCAUGGCUCGAGCCCACCUAUCACGGGAUAGUUACAGAGAACGACAACACGGUGCUCCUUGACCCCCCCCUCAUUGCCCUGGAUAAAGACGCACCUCUGCGUUUUGCAGAGAGUUUUGAGGUGACAGUCACCAAAGAAGGUGAGAUUUGUGGAUUUAAAAUUCACGGGCAGAAUGUCCCCUUUGAUGCAGUGGUAGUGGAUAAAUCCACUGGCGAGGGAAUAAUUCGCUCAAAAGAGAAACUGGACUGUGAGCUGCAGAAAGACUACACGUUCACCAUCCAGGCCUAUGAUUGUGGGAAGGGACCCGAUGGCACCAACGUGAAAAAAUCUCAUAAAGCGACUGUGCACAUUCAGGUGAACGACGUGAACGAAUACGCGCCCGUGUUCAAGGAGAAGUCGUACAGAGCCAGCGUCGUCGAGGGCGAGCCGUCCGCCAGCAUCCUGCGAGUGGAGGCCGUGGACGCAGACUGCUCCCCUCAGUUCAGCCAGAUUUGCAGCUACGAGAUCGUCACCCCAGACGUGCCGUUCACUGUUGACAAAGAUGGUUUUAUAAAAAAUACAGAGAAGUUAAACUAUGGGAAAGAACACCAGUAUAAGCUGACCGUGACCGCCUACGACUGUGGGAAGAAAAGAGCGAUGGAAGAUGUGCUGGUGAAGGUCAGCAUUAAGCCCCCCUGCACCCCUGGGUGGCAAGGAUGGAACAACAGGAUUGAGUAUGAGCCUGGCACGGGCGCCUUGGCUGUCUUCCCAAAUAUCCACCUGGAGACGUGUGACAGGCCGGUGGCCUCCGUGCAGGCCACGGUGGAGCUGGAGACCAGCCACAUUGGGAAAGGCUGCGACCGAGACACCUACUCUGAGAAGUCCCUGCACCGGCUCUGCGGGGCCGCCUCUGGCACUGCCGAGCUGCUUCCUUCCCCGAGCAGCUCCUCGAACUGGACCGUUGGGCUCCCCACCGACAACGGCCACGACAGUGACCAGGUCUUUGAGUUUAAUGGCACUCAAGCGGUGAGGAUCCCAGACGGCAUUGUUUCAGUAAACCCCAAAGAGCCUUUUACUAUCUCUGUGUGGAUGAGGCAUGGGCCUUUCGGCAGGAAGAAAGAGACAAUCCUUUGCAGUUCAGACAAAACAGAUAUGAAUCGGCACCACUAUUCCCUGUAUGUCCACGGGUGCCGGCUUAUCUUCCUUCUCCGUCAGGAUCCUUCUGAGGAGAAGAAAUACAAACCGGCAGAAUUCCACUGGAAGCUGAAUCAGGUGUGCGGGGAGGACUGGCACCACUACGUGCUCAAUGUGGAGCUCCCAAGCGUGACUCUCUAUGUGGACGGUGUUCCUCACGAGCCCUUCUCUGUGACCGAGGACUACCCGCUGCACCCUUCAAAGAUAGAAACUCAGCUCGUGGUUGGGGCUUGCUGGCAAGAGUAUUCAGGAGUCGAAAAUGACAACGAAACUGAGCCUGUGACUCUGGCCUCCGCAGGUGGUGACCUGCAUAUGACCCAGUUUUUCCGAGGUAAUCUGGCUGGCCUAACGAUUCGUUCCGGGAAACUCGCUGAUAAGAAGGUGAUUGACUGUCUCUAUACCUGCAAAGAGGGGCUAGACCUGCAAAUCCCUGAAGACAGCAGCAGGGGCGUGCAGAUCCAAGCAAACCCCAGUCAGUCGGUGUUGACCUUGGAGGGAGGAGAUGUUGGGGAGCUGGAUCAAGCCAUGCAGCACAUUUCCUACCUGAACUCACGGCAGUUCCCCACGCCUGGCAUCCGGAGACUCAAAAUCACCAGCACAGUCAAGUGUUUUAAUGAGGCCACCUGCAUUUCAGUCCCCCCAGUAGACGGCUACGUGAUGGUUCUACAGCCCGAAGAGCCCAAGAUCAGCCUGAGUGGCGUCCACCACUUUGCUCGAGCAGCUUCUGAAUUUGAAAGCUCAGAAGGGGUUUUCCUUUUCCCUGAGCUUCGCAUCAUCAGCACUAUCACGAGAGAAGUGGAGCCCGAGGGGGACGGGGCUGAGGACCCCACAGUUCAAGAGUCUCUGGUGUCUGAGGAGAUCGUGCACGAUCUGGAUACCUGUGAGGUCACAGUGGAGGGAGAGGAACUGAACCGAGAGCAGGAGAGCCUGGAGGUGGACCUGGCCCACAUGCAGCAGAGGGGCAUCGAAGUGAGCAGCUCUGACCUGGGCGUGGUCUUCACAGGCGUAGACACCAUGGCCAGCUACGAGGAGGUUCUGCACCUCCUGCGCUAUCGGAACUGGCAUACCAGGUCCUUGCUUGACCGGAAGUUCAAGCUCAUCUGCUCGGAGCUGAAUGGCCGCUACAUCAGCAACGAAUUUAAGGUGGAGGUGAACGUGAUCCACACAGCCAACCCGGUGGACCACGCCAGCCACAUGGCCGCACAGCCGCAGUUCGUUCACCCCGAGCAUCGCUCCUUUGUCGACCUGUCGGGGCACAACCUGGCCAACCCCCACCCGUUUGCAGUUGUCCCCAGUACUGCUACCGUGGUGAUCGUGGUGUGCGUCAGCUUCCUGGUGUUCAUGAUCAUCCUGGGAGUGUUUCGCAUUCGGGCUGCGCACCAGCGGACGAUGCGGGACCAGGACACUGGGAAGGAGAACGAGAUGGACUGGGACGACUCUGCCUUGACCAUCACCGUCAACCCCAUGGAGACAUACGAGGACCAACACAGCAGCGAGGAGGAGGAGGAAGAGGAGGAGGAGGAGAGUGAGGACGGAGAGGACGAGGACAUCACCAGCGCGGAGUCGGAGAGCAGCGAGGAGGAGGAGGGGGAGCAGGGCGAGCCCCGGCACGUGAACAGGCAGCAGCAGCUGGAGUGGGACGACUCCACCCUCAGCUACUGACCACGCCGGCCCUCGCCACCUUCCGUUCUGCCCCAGAAGACUCUGCUGUCGUCUGCUUCCCCUCCCCAGGGUCCACGAUGUACAAAGUUGCUGCGGCCAGUAGGUCUGCUGACCCUCCCCGUUGCUGAUCGUCCGCUGUGCUUGGUGUGUAGGACCGUAGGCGCCCGCGUCGCUCCCUCACUUCCGCCAUGAGCCGACCCCUCCUCUCUGGUCGUCAUCUCGCUCGCGUAGGGGCCCCCCCGGUGCCAUCCCCCCCACCCACGUGUCUGGGGUCUCCUCCUGGCCGGUGAGAGGGUGUCGGCCCCUCGCAUCUCCAGAAAAGCUGUGAUGACUGGACUUGUUGACAAAGGGUAAAAGUUGCUCACUCCCACCCGGUAAAUCAUUUUUUUUCUUUUUUUAAAAAAGGUUUUUAUUUUUUCCAAACUAGUGCAUGUAUAAAAUGGCAGAAUGGGGGUUAAUAUGUAGAUGAUUAACUGACUUUUUAAUAUUUUGUAAAUAAAUUGGGAUUCUAUGUGUCCUUUGUGCUAGUGUAACCCAGGACUGGAAUGUAAAGUGACGUUCAGAGCGCUGAGCGCAGGAGAGACCCUGCAGGGCGCCCCCCCCAGCCCCCAGAAUCCAGGACGGAGAGGCCUGCCCCGCUCAGGCCCCCGCUCAGGCCUCUGUGUGGCCGGGGGGACCAGGGGCCACAGGCUGUGGUGUGCCGCUCAGGAGCCCAGACCAGGGACCCCUCUUUGGGGGCUGGAAGUAGCCAGGUCUUUUCCUGGGGAUUCUACCUGUCUCUAAUUUGGCAGUGGGGGUUGCGGGGGCCGCAGCCUCUUUUACACACUCCUCAUGGGACCGGCAGCUCCCUGUGCAGCAGCCUGGACUCACUAUGUGCUGCCUUGUGGUUUGUACUUGAUAAACGUAUGUUUCCGUGCUGGUGAAAGUAUGUAUAGAUUAUAUGAACCGACUGCUAUGUGCAAACCAUGUGACCACGUGGUUUGGAGACAGCAAAAUGCCUGAGGGAUCCCUACUCAGAAUGUCCAAAAGGAGACCCUAUGGCCCAAAGGCAAAGUGCUAGAAUUUUCCAGAACAGCGUGUGCUCUUCUCUCUCCUCUCCAGAGCCCCUGUGGGAUGCCCCCUGCUGUCCGGGGGGAGGGGGAUGAGAUCGACACUUGGCAGUGAGGCUCCGGAGGACAGCAAGCAGCCCUGGCCUGAAAGCUGGCAGCAUUUGCCAGCUGUCGACGUACAAUUUCAGGUUUCCAAAAUGGGGGCAUGCUUUGGAAUACUGUCUGUGACCCCCACUGCUAGUGUCAAGGACACUGACAGCUGUGCUGUGUCGCGUGUGGCCACCUUCCCACGUCCCUACCCUGUAGCUGCUCUGUCUAGACGGUAAUAGACGCAAAUGCAGGGAGGGACACCCCCUGCCGUGUAGCCGCCGUGGUGUCCCUUGGCAGAUGUGUAUAUUAUGAUAGGUCAGAAAGCGUGUGCGCUGCAAUAAAGUGCUGGUUCUAACUCCA